CCUUAAAGGCAGAUAGCGGACCAUGGGGAGCAGGAGGAAAUGUUCUACUCUGACAUGUUGGAGCCAUGACUUCUGAGAAGCACCUCAGUGGGACAAGGUUCCCGGCGUGAGGAGGAAGUGAGGAGGAGGAGGAGGAGGAGGAGAAGAAGGACGACAGCAGGGUCCUUUAAGGGAAGAGAAGCGGAGCUGCUCUUACCAUCUGCCGGGGGUUCGGGACCGUAAAGCAGCAGCAGAGAGAGUUGAAGUCAAACUUGCAGGCUUGGCCCCAGUCUCGAGUUUGAAAGAUGAGCUUGUUGUCUGCCAUAGACACGAGCGCCUCCGUGUACCAGCCCGCGCAGCUCCUCAACUGGGUCUACCUGUCCCUGCAGGACCCGCACCACCAGACCAGCGCCUUCGACGCCUUCAGACCCGAGCCCAACUCUUCACACCCGGAUCUCAACUUCACUAAGACCCCCACAACAACAGCAGCAGCGGCGGCGGCGGCGGCGGAGCUCAGCUCGUCCCUCAACUCCAACUAUCUCAACAACUUCUUCCAGCUGCAGCGCAAUGAGGCCUUAAACAAUAACGUGUAUAAGAACGUGUCACCCUACGGUUCGCUGAACAACAUAGUGGACGGACUCAACUCACUGACGGACCAUUUCUCCGACCUCUCCCUUUCGUCGGAGCCGAGGAAACCCAACAAGAGGCCACCGCCCAACUACCUGUGCCACCUGUGCUUCAACAAGGGCCAUUACAUCAAAGACUGUCCUCAGGCCAGACCCAAAGGGGAAGGACUGACACCGUACCAGGGGAAGAAGAGAUGCUUCGGAGAGUACAAGUGUCCCAAGUGUAAGAGGAAGUGGAUGAGCGGCAACUCCUGGGCCAACAUGGGCCAAGAAUGUAUCAAGUGCCACAUCAACGUCUAUCCACACAAACAGCGCCCCCUGGAGAAGCCGGACGGCCUCGACGUUUCUGACCAGAGUAAGGAGCACCCGCAACACCUGUGCGAGAAAUGUAAAGUCCUGGGCUACUACUGCCGCCGAGUGCAAUAGUCAUCAACCCUUUGUCUUUCAUCCUCCAACAAGGCCGUCAAUGUCCUUCCUUCUUGCACAUUUUGCCCCCAGGUUUUCCCAUGUUUGUCCAUGUCCUGCACACAACAUGGCGUCCUUUCCUCUUCUGUCCUCUGGAAGCCUUAAAUAAUGACGAUAGCUCUCGUCCACCCUUCUGUCCCUCUUCUCAAACCACCCAUGGAAGCACUAAGGCCUUUUUUUCCCCAAUGUCAGUAUUAAGGAAUGAGAGGAAUCUGCAGACCCAGAAGAUCAACUGCCAUCUUUUCACAAAUGGAAGAUUUUUGUCGUUCCCUGUAUCAGAAACCACAAACCCCCGCCUGUUUCACAUGAUGUGACAACAGCUAAUAACCAUAAACGGUGUCCCUGACAAUAUCGUCUCCAUAGAUUACCUCACCUUAGGGUUUGUUGGCCUCGUGUUUACAGAGAUCUGCCUUUCAUUUCCCUGCCAAGCCGAGUGUGUGCUAAUGUGACGAACACUUAAACCAAGGCCUCUCGUGAUGGUUCAAUAUAUAGGAGGCCUUUGUUGAUGUCUUGCCGUAUUUUAGGGUCAACAGCACAUCGUAUUAACUGUGAAUUAACUGAGGGAUAAUGUGCCAUAACAUCCCGAUCUUACAUUUGGCCUAUUUAUUUUUCUUUCUGUCUUUUUUUCUUCUUCGUCUAGUGUGCAAUUUGAAUUUUAACUGGGACAGAAGAAAUGUUUGUUGUUUUUGGUGUUUCGUAAAUCACAUUAUUGUGUAACUGCUUCCAUGUGUCUUUAGAAACUACUGUAGGUUUAGUGCAGAGUCGCUCCUCAUUUAGAUUUAGUGUGUUGCUAACAUUUCAUUCACGCUCCUGAGGGUUUUUCUGUUGCCAAACAUAAUCUUAUGGUGCUUUCACACCGACUGGGAUUAUUUGUGUGUCAUUGUUUCUUGUGCGAUUGAGUCCAGAACUGAAAGUAAACACAACUCGUGAUUACCAGCGUAGGGCUAAUGCUAGUGCUAACUACGCCAACACAGUCAGUCAUUUUUUUCAGAACUUGCCUGGUAGCCAAACUUCCUAGCUCACAUUUUGACCCAUGCUAAUUGUCCGUCCUCCAUUUUGGGUACAGCAUCAGGACAUUGCGUCAUUUCAAAUCACAGGCGUGGGGCUAAUACUAGCGCUAAUUAUAAUUAUGGUAGCGUUUUCAGAACGUAGUAGGUGUAGUUGGACUACACCUCCUAGCUCAUUUUCUGACCCAUGUCUAACUUGGGAAGAUAGUUUUUAACAUUUUUUUACUUGCGACUUGUGGCAGCAAGUAAACAGCCCGUGACUACAGGGUUUGGGGCUAAUGCUAGUGCUAACUAUGCUUAUAGUAGCUUUUCAGAGCGUAGCAGAGGUGUAGUCCAACUUCCUAGCUCGUUUUCUGACCCACAUCUGUCCUCCAUUUUGGGAACAAUGUUGAGAAAGAUUACAGAUUUGCGUCGCCCAGUGCGACUGACGCAAAACUAGGGAAGAGACUUUUUGAGAUUUGUGCAACUGUAGUUGAGUAAUGCAGGUAAACACAACCUGUGACUACAGGUUUGAGGCUAAAGCUAGUGCUAACUGUACGUACAUUAGGUUUUCAGAACGUAGCUGGUGUAGUCCAACUUCCUAGCUCGCUUUCCAACCGAUUCCAAACAUCUGUCCUCCAUUUUGGACACAAUAUUAGGACGUUGGAAGGCGGUCAAUGCUGGUUGGCUUUCAUAGAACCACAACACGCCAUGUUGGAAUAUUUCAGCCUGAGUGACUCGUGCUGGAUUUGUGACACAAUUCGCGUCCACUCCUGUCUUUGGUGUCAACGCACCAUUCCUCAUCUUUAGUUUCAUGAUAGGACAGUUGUAUAAAAAAAGUGAAAUAACAAGAUCGACCCAGCAGCAGCAGAAGAAGAAGCAGCUGUAGGAGGAUAACAGUAGUUUCUUGCCAGCGCUGAAAACAACAUUUUUCAAAAACAAUCGAAAAGGAGAAACUGCCUGCCAUGAUUUGAUUAGCAGCAUUAAAGACAACUUAACCGUCCACAUGUUAGGUUUGAUUGGACACAAACGAGCACAAGAUGUUCAUCAGAAAGUCAUUUAACAUCACACUUUGAUGCCUGGCAGCGUUAGUGGAGUCAGUGGAAGAGAAAUGGAACUCUUUUUUUUCUUUUUUUCAGAGGGCUGACUGCAGUUUAAAGAACGUCCAAGAGGAGGUGAAGUUUUAGGGACCUGCAAAGAUUUUGUGAAUGUUUGACAGAAAUGUCGCACAGAAGGGCUGAUUGGUCGGAGAUUUUUUGAGGAUUUAACGUAAGUAGCGAUGAUUUAUGAAGUUUACGCUUGUAUUCAGUUUAAUGGCGCCUACAUUUAUAAACCGAUGUCGUUAAAGGAAGAGGAGUGGCACAUCCUGUUUACAUGGAUCAUCGUGUAGAUCUAAAACACUACAUUUAGAACAUUUAGUUUUGACUUAAAGACAUUUGCUUUUAUUACAGGAUGUGAGAACAGUUUUAUAUGUACUGUAUUUCCAGCCUUAUAAAAGCUGGACGAUAUAUAUCUUAUAUGUUACCAUACCUACUGUAUGUGCCUUAAGACGAUUUUUGAAUCAUUCUGAAGUACAGAGACUAGGAGGCCGACUGAAACGUGGGGUUUAGAAUCAGAGUUGGAGCAGAGUGCAGUUGGUGCGUGUGGUUAACUGUGGAGCGUAAUAAGUUAAGAGCAGGUUCAGAGACGUGAUAGAGGACAACGGAAGAGACAGCGUUCCUCGAUAAGCAGUUUGAAGUGGCAUCAUGGUGGGUGUUCACUUCCACACAGUUUGCUGACUCGGAGGCACAGAAGUCUUCCAGCUGGCAAUAACAACCCUCCUGUGGUCCGUUGUCAUGGAACAUCAACAAAGAUGUUAUUUCUCAGUGGAUGCUCACAACAGAACACACGAAACUCUGUGGACUGUGGACCUCGCUAUUUUGUUUCUUUUUCUGACCAUUGUUGGAAUGUUUAUCAAGAAGAACCGUGGGUUUUUGUUAAGAAAUACACUUGGUCACUCGCCUCAGCGGGGGAGAUUUACAGUGGCUGACAAUGGUACCACUGAGAUUUGGGGAAAUUAUCAUUUAGCCAGAUUACUUCGCUUCAAUUUAAAGGGGCACUCCAGUGAUUUGAUGCUGAACCACUGCAGCGUCUGGAAAAUACCAUCCAUUUUCUACUGCUUUAUCCUCCACAGGAGGGUCGCAGUGGGUGCUGUGCCAAUCUCAGCUGACAUAGGGCGAUAGGUGGGGUCACACCCUGGAAUUUAGCAAUUUUCCAAUUUAACUAAUCCCCAUAUUGGAUGUUUUUUGGACUGUGGGAGGAAGCCGGAGAACCCGGAGAAAAUCCACACACACACGGCAUUUGGACGUUGCCAGAGCAGUAUUUGUCACGGUACUUGCUAAAGUGAUGGUGGCGUUGUGUGCGAUAUUAUUGCGCCGAACAAAAAUGCUUGCAAGAGUCGACACUGCUGCUUAAGGAGGUUUUUACCAAGCACAAACCAAAGUGUGGAACGCACAACACAGUUCAACAACGCCUUACGUCGCCACAGAAACACCUUCAUAAAGAAACUGAUGUCGCUGCAUGUUGAGGGUCACACAAAGCCUACAUUUCCCACAAUGCACUACAACAUUUAGGGGGGUUAGUAGCAUAUUUCCUCAACAGAGAUAACCCAACUACAUUACUAUAACAUCGUCAAAGUUGUUAUAUUAGGCUUGACAAAAGCCUUUUGAGAGUUUCCACUAUCGCUACUGGAUUCUUGGAAACCUAAUUUGGUUUACGCAUUUGCCAUGUUUGGUGGGUAGUACAUACGUAUAACAGAUAGGGUUUCUGGUACAUAUCAUAAGGCUAUAAUCACAAUGCAUGCAUUGCUCCAUAUCACAAGUAAAGUCAACCCAAUGAGUAACAUUGGUAGUGGAGUGCCCCUUUAACAGAAGGAAUUAGCAAACUUAAACUGACUGAAAGGCUCUCACUUGUCAAUGUUGGGAACAAUUUUCAUUUCUUUGUGUCGUCUUUUCUUUUGCUUUUGUGCGAUAAAACUGGCCGUAGGUCCCGUAACCUGGACGACAAAUCAAGGUCAAUCGCUCGUAUUCGGCUCAUGACCGAGAACUACCAAAGCCGUUUCUCCGGGAUGAUGGGUCUGCGACAAGUCGUAAAGGUCUCUGCGAGUCACACGCAGCGAGUCCUGAUCCCAUGCCGAUUACAGACGGUUAGCCAGACCUUGCAAAAAUCGUGUUAUUGGACUGAGAAUCUUAAAAGUUUGAUUAAUCGAGUAGUCGUUUGGUCCAAGAAGUGUUGAUCAGAGUUCCCCAAAUGUCCACAAACCAAAUUCAUUUAGUUUAAACUAAUUUCUUUUCGCUUUAUGGAGCAAAGAGACAAGCAAUUAUUCACGUUUAAGUCACUGAAAACUCGGAGAACUUGUUUUACUUAAGUAGUUGCUAGUACUUGACUAAUAAUCGAUUAAUCCUUGCAGUCCUAAAUAAGAGGAUUAUACAAUAUACCAACGCUGCCUUAUGAACUAACCUCACAAUAACGUUGUUGUAACUCGCAGUGUUUAACUCCGCCCACAAACUUAUCAUGAGGAAUCCUUUUUUUUUUUUUUAAAUGGCAAAUCAAGAAGCGAUGGAAGCAGGGGAUUAAAAAACAUAAGAAGUCCUUGCUUUCAGACGCCGCCGCAUCUUGAAUCACGUAUACUUGACUUUUAUAGCUCAAAUUUAUUUUCUAUGACUGAGAUGUGUAUUUUGGGAAAAACUUAAAUAAGAUGUUGAAAUUUUUUUUAAAGCAAUCUGCAAAAAAAGAAAAAAGGAGAAAGAAAAGAAAGAAAAUCCAGAGUUAUUUCCCUGACAGAGAUCAUUUUAUGUAUAUAUUUGAUGGCCAUAGCUCUUUUCUUCUUUUUUGAGGCGUUUUACGCAAAAUAUUGACGCUUUUUUUAGCGUGAAGAAGGGCCUAUUGCUGAGAAUCUUUUUUUUUAUGUUUUUACAAAAAUCUGAAGGGAUUAUCCUGCAGAAAUAUUUAUGGAAAUAUUUUUUACACUUUUUUUUGUAUAGAAUAUGCAACAAAGUUACACUAAAUAAGGAAAUAUUGAUGUCUACAUAGAUUAUUAUUAAGGUUAAAAAAAAGAAAAAAGCUGGUACAUAAUUAAUACCCUUUCUCCAUUAUAAGCCAUUGUAUUGUUUAUUGUGUUAUGUUGAAUAACCCGCAGUAUUAUUAUUAUUAUGGAGUUGCCGUUUGUGACUAACUACGAGCUGCCAUUUACGUCCGUACAGUUAUAUAUCUACGAUAUAAUGAAGAUGAAAUGAAGUGUUUAUUUUCCUUUAAUCAGCGAUGGAUACUCACCACUGUAUUAAAACUGUGAGAUGUAGUUUUGCCUGACGCAGCAGAGACGAGAAACUAUUAUAAAAUUUUAAAACAUAUUACGUAUUAGCGUAGGACGUGUAUACUUUUGUCGAGGAAAAAGCGUGUGAGACAAAGAACUAUUUUAGAGUUUGCAUGUGCAUGUGUUUGUGUUUCCUGAAUGAAAAUAUAAUUUUUUUUGUGCAAUGUAUACAUUUUUAUUUAAGUACUUUACGGUAGUUUUGCUUCAGUACAUA